ACCAGGGAAGAAUGGGCUCUGCUGGACCCCACUCAGAGAGCCCUCUACUGGGAUGUCAUGCAGGAGAACUAUGAGACUGUGACCUCACUGGGGUUUCCAGUUUCCCAACCUGAUGUGAUCUCCCAGCUGGAACAAGGGGAAGAGUCAUGGGUCCCAGACCUCCAGCGUUCAGAGGAAAGAGAGAUCCUGAGAGCUCCCUGCACAGCAGGUGACCCAAUGGUAUGUGAGAAAGAGGAGCAGAAUUCUCAGCAGGAAAAUGUUGAGCAAGUGGAUAAACACAGAGCAUUAUCACAAAGAUCAAAAAGGAAUGUGUCCAGGAGUUAUGAGAAGGAAAAAUCCUGUGAGAUUCAGCACAGACCAGAAAGAGAGCAGGGAAACCAGCCAGGAGAGAAAAUGGGUAAAAUUAUUUCCUGUCGGGGAACUCAGAAGAGCAUCAAGGAAACCACAACACAGCAGGAAAUCCUCAUGGGAAAGAGGAAAAAUACAUGCAGUGAGUGUGGAAAAUGCUUCACUCAAAGAUCAGGCCUUUUUCACCAUUGGAGAAUCCACACAGGGGAGAGGCCCUUCGAAUGCAGUGAGUGUGGGAAAACCUUCACUUACAAAUCAAACCUUGUUCAUCAUGAGAGAAUCCACACAGGUGAGAGGCCCUAUGAGUGCCAUGAGUGUGGGAAAAGCUUCACUCAAAGAUCAGGCCUUUUUCACCAUCGGAGAAUCCACACAGGGGAGAGGCCCUACGAAUGCAAUGAGUGUGGGAAAAGCUUCCCUCACAGGUCAGUCCUUUCUAAACAUCAGAGAAUCCACACGGGGAAGAGGCCCUAUGAAUGUCGUGAGUGUGGGAAAAGCUUCGCUCACAGAUCAGUCCUUUCUAAACAUCAGAGAAUCCACCCAGGGAUGAGGCCCUAUGAAUGCCAUGAGUGUGGGAAAAGCUUCACUGAAAGAUCAGUCCUUUCUCAACAUCAGAGAAUCCACACUGGGGAGAGGCCCUAUGAAUGCCGUGAGUGUGGGAAAAGAUUCAUUACCAGCUCGGCCCUUUCUGAACAUCAGAGAAUCCACACAGGGGAGAGGCCCUUUGAAUGCAGAGAGUGUGGGAAAGCCUUCACUUACAAAUCAAACCUUGUUCAUCAUGAGAGAAUCCACACAGGCGAGAGGCCCUAUGAAUGCCGUGAGUGUGGGAAAAGUUUCACUAGCAGCUCAGCCCUUUCUAAACAUCAGAGAAUUCACACAGGGGAGAGGCCUUAUGAAUGCCGUGAGUGUGGGAAAAGCUUCACUCACAGCUCUCACCUUACUGGGCAUCAGAGAAUCCACACAGGAGAGAGGCCCUAUGUAUGCAGUGAGUGUGGGAAAACCUUCAAUCACAGCUCACACCUUCUUACCCAUCUCAGAAUCCACACAGGAGAGAGGCCCUAUAAAUGCAGUGAUUGUGGAAAAAACUUCAUUCGCAGCCAGCAGCUUAUUAGCCAUCAGAGAAUGCACACAGGUAUGAGACCCUAUGGAAGCAGUGAUUGUGGGGAAAACCUUGCCUUGCCACUGAGUCCAUGUUAGCCAUCAGAGAACCUGGAAGAGAGAUCAACACCAUAAAAACCUCUAGGGCUAUCAAUACUUUUUCUUUAAUACUUUUCCUGAUUCCCACAUAGUAACUUUUAAAAGCUGUUUGAACUGUUUGCAGCACCAAUAUCCCUCAGCUUGUCCAGAUGAGGGGCCCAUUUUUGCCUUUUGCAGUUUGACCUCUUUGAGGUGGGCCCAUUUGUCCUUUCUAUCAACUCCAUUGUCCCAUGAGUAAUUCGAGUCUGCCCUUCCCAUAAGAAACAAGGGAGCAUCAUAUUUAUACCAUUCCUCCUAUUGCAAGGUUAUUGUUAGAGCCACCAGUGAUACAGUUUGUAUCAUUGCCAAUUGUUCUCACGUUGCUCUGGGUUUUGUGCUGAAGAGCCGUUAUAAUGGGAACUUUUCAAAUUCUGUUUAAAUGAAGAGGAGCAGGGGCAAGAAAAAAGUGUCAUUUCAGCCUCUGAUGCUGGAAGGAGAUGUAAAAAGCAACAGAGUCCUGUUGGCAGGCUGAUGUAGCGCUGUCUGCACAGGGGAUUAGAGCUGUGUAACUACGUUGCUCAGCUGUGUCGAUUUUUCACACCCCUGAGCAAUAUAGUUAUACCAAUAAAUGUCUUUAGUGUACACCAGACAGUUCUCUUUUGUCUUAUGCAUUUACAUCACUUCUCCCCUACCUCCUCCUACUUUGAAAGAUUUAAAGUGUGAAAAGAGAGGUAUUUUUCCUCAUGAUGCAAACAUUCCCACAUAGGAGAUGCCUUCCACCAACACACAUGGCAGAAGAACCAGAGAUAUAUGAACUCACAAAAGUGUUGGGACAAAUCACAAUUUGAGCCAAGGUUCAGUUGUUGGCAAUGGGGAUUAAAAGAAAACUAACAUGUAUGACAAGAAUUUGUGAUCUUUGAAUAUAGUAGUUACUAGUGAAAAUGAAAUAAUAGGUGAUCUUUUUGGUUAAAGAGUAAGAGAUUAAUUGUUUGAUCUGAAUUAUUUUGGAAAAUUGAAAGUUGUCUUAUUUUUCUUUUGUUAUUCAUAUAGGAAAUGAUGGCUAAUCUUCAAAAGUGAAUUUGAUUUAAUUUACCCCCUGUAGUGUAAGGAGUUUUGGUAGAAAACCUCACUCCAAAGGUUGGGGUGGGAGAAUAGGUGUUAGAAAGAGUGUAUAAGAGAAUAUUGGGCCUGUAUAGAUUUUAUUUUUUUGUAUUUCAAAUAGAGCAUAUUUUGCUUAGCUUCAAAGUCAAUUUCUAUUAAAAGGAAAACUACUCGAGGGGACAAGUAUAACUUUUUACCCACUUACACUGUAAGGGUCACUGACUUCCCCACUGCUCUAAUUUGCGAGGGAAAGGCAUGACAUCUGUCAUAGGAUGUGUCCAUCAGGUAGGAAAGUUGCAAUCGUCAACCAUCAAUACCAAGGAAAAGGCUGAAGUCCAUUGCCUUUCAUAUCAAAAAGCCUUCUAAAGGCUGGUCUACACUGAAAAGCUAUGUUAACAUAGCCCCAUCUGUCAGGGGUGUGAGAAAUCUGCUCCACUGAGAGAAGUAGUUAAUGUGACCUAAGCCCCAGUGUAGACAGUGUUAAGUUCUCAGAAGAAUACUUCCAGUUUUUGGAGGGUAGACCUAGCCUUAGACAGAUUGAUCCUCUAUGCGAAGCAAGUCAUGACAUCAAUUCCAAUUUUGACCCCUCUCCCUGUAUGUGAGAAAGCUGCUAGUAUGGAGGGCUGAGCAGCUAUCCAAUUGCCUGAGGGAAAAGCUCUUAGUAACCAUCAGUCCAAAGAGUGAGAGAAAUGUUGAGUUCCAACUGUUGUCAUUUUAGUAUUUUAUUGUUCCUCUCUCUAUUUUUUGUUCUGGCCUUUCUAUUACAUCAGGGUGUGACUGUAUAGCUCAGUGCAUCUGUGAUAAAAGCUCUUUGAUGCCAAUUGGCAAAGAUGUCAAAGUAAUUCACAAGAAACUCCUGUCUCAAACCUGACAAACUCAUCACACCUAAUGCACUGAUUUUUAUGAUAUUUAUCCAGGAAGCAUAUCAGUGAGAUCUCUAGGAGUAACAAUAAUUUACAAGCUUUCAGUAAUCACUGCAAGAGGUGUGUAUGAGUCAUAUUGAAGGUGUAAUGUAAGUAUCUGGAAAAUUAUGCCCAUAUGGUAUUGUCAUGAAAGUGAGUCACCCCAAUCAUAGGUCUUGUUGGGGAUGGCCAUUCAAGUGGGAGGGAAUUGUCACCCGUCCCUUGCUAGCCAGUUAUACGAUGUGUUGCUCCAUUGUCAACCUUUGCACCAACCCAGAAAAGCCAACGGAAAACUAUCAAAGACAAACUAUAAACAUCAAAACCAUGUGGAAGUGAAAAGGAUGAUAUGACAAUGAGGAGAUCGUCCUUUCUGUGAAUAAA